CCGUAGCACUGGAUAUGCAAGGGUCUCCAAACCCUAGCUCCCUCAAUCCCCCCAUCCCCACCCCGACCGAGAUCCGAUCUCGCUUGCCGCCGCGGUCGCCGCCAUGGCCUCCGGCGGCAACCCCAACCCCACUGGCGGCCCGCCCCAGCCGCGCCCGUCGCAUCCCCAGCAGCAGCAGCCGCCGGGCGGCUCCCCGGCGACGCCCAUGACCCACCUCCGGCCACCCUCCCUCGCCGGCUCCCCGUUCCAGGGCGUCUUCCACACGCCGCCGUCCCACAACCCCGCCUUCCAGAUCCACAUGGGCGCCUCCUCGCCCCAGACCCCGCUCAUGGCGGCCGCCGCCGCCGCGGCGGCGCAAUCGGCCAAGCGCCCCCCGCAGAAGCCCCCCGUACGGCCUCCGGCUCCCGGGUCUACCUCGGCCGCCGCGGCGGCUUCGGCAGCUGCCGCGUACAAGGCUGCUGCGGCGGCGGCCGCCGUGGCGAACUCCGGAGGCGUCGACCUCACCCCCGCCGCGCGACGCAACAAGAAACGCAAGCUCCCGGAGAAGCAGCUCCCGGAUCGCGUCGCCGCGCUGUUCCCGGAGUCCGCACUCUACACGCAGCUGCUCGAGUUCGAGGCCCGCGUGGACGCUGCGCUGACGCGGAAGAAGGUGGACAUCCAGGAGGCCCUCAAGACGCCGCCCUCGCUCCAGCGUACGCUCCGCAUCUAUGUCUUCAACACCUUCGCCAACCAGGGCCCGCGCACCAUCCCGCCGCCCAAGAACGCCGACCCGCCCACCUGGUCGCUCAAGAUCAUCGGUCGGGUGCUCGAGGAUGGCGCCGAGCUGGACCCUGCCAGCGUGGUGCCCAAGCACAACCCGGUGUACCCGAAGUUCUCCCAAUUCUUCAAGAGGGUGACCAUUGCGCUGGACCCACAGCUGUACCCUGAAAAUCCAUUGAUCAUCUGGGAAAAUGCGCGUUCUGCCGCCCAGCAGGAAGGGUUCGAGGUGAAGAGGAAAGGGGAUAAGGAGUUUGUUGCGAACAUCCGCCUGGAGAUGAACUACAACCCUGAGAAGUUUAAGCUGUCACAGCCGCUGAUGGAGGUGCUUGGGGUUGAGGUGGACACUCGCGCGCGGGUGAUUGCUGCCCUGUGGCAAUACAUCAAGGCGAAGAAGCUUCAGAACCCAAACGACCCUUCCUUCUUCAUGUGCGACCCUCAAUUGAAGAAAGUGUUUGGGGAGGAUAAGCUUAAGUUCGCAAUGCUGUCGCAGAAGAUAUCACAGCAUCUGACUGCCCCACCGCCCAUCAACUUGGAGCACAAGAUUAAGCUAUCAGGCAAUGGAGCUUCUGGAAGUGCUUGCUAUGACGUGCUGGUGGACGUGCCUUUCCCUCUGCAGAAGGAGAUGAUGGCAUUCCUCGCCAACACGGAGAAGCACAAGGACAUUGAGGCCUGCGAUGACGUGAUAUCUGCCUCGAUCAAGAAGAUCCAUGAGCACCGCAGGAGGAGGGCUUUCUUCCUGGGUUUCAGUCAGUCCCCGGUGGAGUUCAUCAACGCUUUGAUAGCUUCUCAGAGCAAAGAUUUGAAGCUGGUCGCCGGCGAAGCGAAUAGGAACAUUGAUAAGGAAAGGCGUGCAGACUUCUACAACCAACCAUGGGUUGAGGAUGCUGUUAUAAGAUAUCUGAAUCGCAAGCCAGCUAAUGAGGGCCCAGGCGGUGGUGCUGGUGGUUCUUGAGGACAGGAUUUCCUCUAGUGCCCUUUUGGUGUAGAAACAAAUUAUCUUUUAUGUAUUAGUAGUAAAAUCCAGCGGUGUUAGCGAGGAGAUUUGUUCAGUGUUGUGAAAGGAUGUUCGGGCUAGUCACUGUAUGUUGUGUUCUAUAUUGCCUAACUAUUGUGGAAGUAUAAAAGCCAAGCGAUCAACUGAGCCUAUGAUGCUGUGAGGACCCAUGUUACCAAUUCU